CGUGUGUGCGUGCGCGUGCGUGUGUGCGCGUUGAUGCUGCGCCUCCGCUCCUGUUUGACGCUCCCGCUGAUUAGCUCCGGCUCCGUUAAAUCCGGUGUUUAAAGACCCGGUGACCCGCCAGGAUGUCGACCAGCCCGCAGGACCAGGACCAGAACCAGGAGCCGAACCCGGAGAAGGAGGAGCAGAAGAAGGAGGAGGUGAAGGAGGAGGUGAAGGAGGAGGUGAAGGCGGAGGAGAAGGCGGAGGAGAAGGAGGACAAACCCGAGGAGAAGCAGGAGGAGAAGACCACCGAGGAAACCAAAGAGAAGACCCAAGAGAAAGGCACGAAGAACGAGGAGAAAAAGGAGAAAAAUGACGAAGCCUGGGGAGAUUUCAUCUACAACCCCAGGACCGGAGAGUUCCUGGGCCGGACCGCCAGCAGCUGGGGGCUCAUCCUGCUCUUCUACCUGGUGUUUUAUGGCUUCCUGGCGGGAAUGUUUUCUCUGACCAUGUGGGUGAUGUUGCAGACGCUGGAUGAAAAUGUCCCACGACAUCAGGACCGUGUGUCCAACCCUGGUCUGGUGAUUCGACCACAUGCGGCUGAAAUCACCUUCAACCGCAGUGACCCGUCAGACUACAGCCAGUACAUCCAACAACUGCACAACCUGCUGCAGCAAUACAACGACAGCAUCCAGGAGCGGAACGACCUUUGUCUGGUUGGAGAAUACACGGAACAGGACAAAGAGGAGGUGAAGAAGGUGUGCCAGUUCAAACGCAGUCGGCUCCGACAGUGUUCAGGUCUGCCAGACACCAGCUUCGGAUUCACCGAGGGACACCCCUGCAUCAUUAUCAAGAUGAACCGGGUGAUCGGCCUGAAACCUCAUGGAGAUCCUUACAUCAACUGCACCGCUAAGAGGGACAGUCCUCUACAGAUGCAGUACUUUCCUUCAGAAGGACGUCUGGAUAAGAUGUUUUUCCCGUACUAUGGAAAAAAAGCACAUCCGGACUAUGUCCAACCUCUGGUCGCUGUCAAACUGCUGUUGACUAAAGACGACUUCAACGUGGAGCAGACGGUGGAAUGUAAGUUGGAAGGGACCGAUCUGCGAAAUAACGACGAAAGGGACAAGUUUCUAGGUCGUGUGACGUUCCGGGUCAAAGUGUCAGAGUAACUGCACCUGGUGCCCGGUUGCCAUGGAUACCACAAACUGGGUUUACACUGGCAAUAAAGCUGCAGUUGUGGAUGCGUUCCAGUCCAGACCUGAUCUAAUCCUGGAAGUCUGAACCCACGUGGACUGAAUCUGGUCCGUCCUGGUCCAUUUUAGAACCGAACACCGGGUUGGGUUUCAUCCGUCUGUCGGUUCGGUUCUGACCCGGGUUCUGACAGUUCUCUGUCGACCGUUGAAUGGAUGAAACCCAAACCAGAGUAACUCCAGUGGGUCCAGUUCAGACGGGUGGAGGAGAUCAGAUCUGCUGUGGAACCAUGUGAGCUGCACAAUAAGUAGUCGUUUUUACCUUUUCUGUAUAUUGUGGAUGUAAGUAAACGAUCACAUGACCUUCAACAGUC